AUGGCGUGCACCCUGGCCUCCUCCACGCUGCGCCCCGCCCUGAAGGCCGCUGCUCCCACCCGGGCGCAGCGCGCCCAGCGCCUCGUGGUCCGCGCUUCGGCGGGCAAGCAGAGCGUGCAGGAUGCGGUGAUCAAGGGCACCGCCCUGGCGGGCCUGUCGGCGGCACUGCUGUCCGCCGGCAGCGCAGAGGCGGCAAUGGAGGUGGCCAACAUUGCGGCUGGCGACAACCGCUUCGGCACCAUCGCCUUCCUGGCUGUGCCCGCCCUGGGGUGGGUGCUCUUCAACAUCCUGGGCCCCCUGCAGAACCAGCUGGACGCUAUGGACACCAAGAAGCGCAGCGUUGCGGCCGGCCUGGGCCUGGGUGCCGCCAGCCUGCUGGCCGCGCAGAACGCCGAGGCGGCGCAGCAGGUGGCUGACCUGGCGGCUGGCGACAACCGCUUCGGCACCAUUUCCCUGCUGCUGGUGCCCGUGGUCGGGUGGGUGCUCUUCAACAUCCUGGGCCCCCUGCAGAACCAGCUGGACGCUAUGGACACCAAGAAGCGCAGCGUUGCGGCCGGCCUGGGCCUGGGUGCCGCCAGCCUGCUGGCCGCGCAGAACGCCGAGGCGGCGCAGCAGGUGGCUGACCUGGCGGCUGGCGACAACCGCUUCGGCACCAUCGCCUUCCUGGCGCUGCCCGUCGUUGGGUGGGUGCUCUUCAACAUCCUGGGCCCUCUGCAGAACCAGCUGGACGCCAUGGGCGACAAGAAGAAGCGCAGCGUUGCGGCCGGCCUGGGCCUGGGUGCCGCCAGCCUGCUGGCCGCGCAGAACGCCGAGGCGGCGCAGCAGGUGGCUGACCUGGCGGCCGGCGACAACCGCUUCGGCACCAUCGCCUUCCUGGCGCUGCCCGUCGUUGGCUGGGUGCUCUUCAACAUCCUGGGGCCCCUGCAGAACCAGCUUGAUGCCAUGGGCGACAAGAAGCGCAAGUAA